AAUUGAUGUUCUACAACGUGAACAUAAUCUUGUGAAAAAAAAUCUUGAAGAACAUCGACUGAAGGCGAAGAAUGAUUUGGAACUGGAGUAUUCUAGUCGCAUAAGUUCCGCCGAGUGCGGUGAAACCGCCGGCAGUGGCGCCUCCACGGCGGCGGUGUCGAGCUUACAGGAACAGCCGUUGGAGCUGUAGCACGAGCGGCUCUCGACCAUCAGCGAGACAAUCUCCGCCACAACCAAUUCCAAAUGCGGUAAAUGUAAUAGUUGUUGUCGGACCGCCGACAGUCCGUGACAGCCACAGCUGACCAAACACGGCCAAUAAUCCUAUGAAAAGCGGUUUGCAAGCAUGCAGAUCGUCAUAGAUCUCUCGAUAGAAAAUUAAUUUCGACAUAGCACCAUAUGCCUAUGGUUAAAGGUGCAAUUUGUGUGUCAGUUCCAACCUUGCUUAAAAGCAAAUUUACCGAUUCGGUUUGUCUAAUUGCAGCUCCAAAAUUGAAGGUCACUGUGACCGGGGCAGCAAGUGGUUGCGGCCGAUAUUGCGCCUUGAUGCUAAAGCAAUGUCCAUUGAUUGACGAGUUGGCUUUACACGACGACAAGGGUUGUGGUCUUCCAGCAGUAGCACUUGAUCUCAGCCACAUCGACACCAGAACCACCAUCACUGCCUAUGAGGGACCCGCUAAGCUUAAAGCUGCAGUAAAGAAGGCGGACAUUGUAGCUACAUGCAGCGGUCUUCCACCUAACUCACAUUUAACCGACAUACAGCUAUUCGAAUUAAAUGCAUCAGUUGUUCAUAAAAUUGCAUUGCAUUGCGCUGAAGUCUGCCCGAGAGCUAUGUUCUGUGUCAUCACAUCUCCAGUGACAUGUCUUGUACCAAUGGUCAGCGAGGUAUACAAAAAGCAUUGCGUCUAUGAUCCACGUCGCAUAUUUGGUGUCACCUCUGUAAGUUCUAUGCGGGCCAAUACUCUUGUAAGCAUGGUGACAGGGGCGAAACCUAGUGAAGUUAGCAUACCACUGUAUGGGGGAUAUGGAAGAACACUCACCGUUCCUGUUCUCAGCAGCGAUCAAAGCUGCUGCAGGUUUCCUCCGGGUCAAGUGGAUUGCUUAACAAAACUAAUCCGUGAUGCAGAUGACACAAUUUGUAAUAUGAAAAAUUUCAAAGGCGCUGCAGAUCUUUCUCAAGGGUUUGCUGCUGCCAGAUUUAUCGUAAACAUCGUAAAAGGCAUUCGAGUGGGGCCUACGUGCGUAGAUGGAGCAUUUGUUAGACAAACUAUUCCGGAUAUAGCAAAGAUUGCUCCGUACCUUAACACACAAGUCGAUGUUGAUUGCAAGGGAGUUGUCGAAUACGCCCCUCCGACCCUAUCUCAGCAGGAACAAAAAAUGAUCGAUGAGUCAAGAGCUGAAUUAUUAUAUCUCAUAAAAACGGGUGAGAGUUACGUAACAUGUGAACAUGUUAGUAUGAGACGCAUCAAACGCAUGGUGGAAAAGCAAAGUGAAGCUGAUGUCUCACAAGUUCUACCAUUUAAAGAACAACAGCAAGCUAAGCAAUAAAUUUUAAUAUU